UGAUUUGUGAAACGCAUCCAAUUGGAAUGACAUAUGGCGGGAAAAUGUCCUUAUAGUCCUUGCUCACAUAUAAAACCCUAAACUCUCGCUUCUCUCCCUUCAAUCUUCACAAAUCUCUCUCACUUUCUCUCUCUGAAACCCAUUUCCUCUGCUUCGAUCUCAUCGAACUCUUGUGUGUGCGCAAUAGAAUCUCUCAGCUACAAACGUUAGCGAAUUUCAGGUACGUGGUGAUAGCGUGGUGAAGAAAAUGGCUGGUGAGCUUGACGAUGAAGCUGAGCAGACCGUUUCUAUCCAAGAGUACCUUAAGGGUGUUGAGGAACAAGAACUGGAAGCGGACCUAGUUUUGGGGGGUGAUGAGGGCAAGGAAUGUACUUAUACUAAUGGUUAUAUGAAGAGGCAGGCAAUUUUUUCAUGCUUGACUUGUACCCCAGAUGGAAAUGCUGGAGUUUGCACAGCUUGCUCCUUGUCUUGCCAUGAUGGCCAUGAGAUUGUAGAGCUGUGGACCAAGAGAAACUUUAGGUGCGACUGUGGAAAUUCAAAAUUUGGGGAGUUCUUCUGCAAGAUUUUCCCAAACAAAGACAUAGAGAAUGCUGAGAAUUCAUAUAAUCAUAAUUUCAAAGGUUCAUAUUGCACAUGCAGUCGCCCCUAUCCUGAUCCUGAUGUAGAAGAACAAGUAGAGAUGAUACAGUGCUGUAUAUGUGAGGACUGGUUUCAUGAGGAGCAUCUUGGUCUUGAGCCUUCUGGCGAGGUUCCAAGAGAUGAUGAAGGAGAACCUCUGUAUGAAGAUUUCAUAUGUAAGGCCUGCUCAGCCAGCUUUUCUUUUCUGGGACUGUAUCCUCAAUCCAUUUGGGCAGCAGGUAGGCAGGGUGAUGCUACUGUAGAUACUAAGGAUAAGAAUGUGGUGGAAGAUACAUCUUCAGCUGGUGGAUCUGGAAAACUAGAUAAUGAUGUUAAUGCUCAUAAUAAUCCUAAAAUGGGUGGAGCUAAUGUCUCUGAUGGGAACAGUUCGUUUGUUGGAGAAAGUUCUCAGAAGAUUGUGGUUUCAGAUCCUUGCGUAAAAGAUGCCAGUUCACAUACAUCUACUUGUGUUCUUGGAGUUAACUUGGGGGUUGAUUCUCCUGCUUUAGACAGUAAACCACUGUUUCUUUCCAAAAACUGGCGGGAUGUACUCUGCAGAUGCGAAAAAUGCAUAGUUCUUUACAAUCAGAAGCGUAUUGCGUUUCUGCUUGACAAGGAGGACUCAAUUGCAGAGUAUGAGCAAAUGGCAACACAGAAGAGGAAAGAAAAGUUGCAGCAACAGGAGGGUGCUGAGCUAAGUUUAUUCAAUAAACUUGGUCAUAUAGAGAAAAUGGAGAUUUUAAGUGGCAUUGCAGAUAUGAAGGAUGAAAUUCGUACUUUCCUGGAGUCCUUUGAUUCAUCAAAGCCAAUCACAGCUGAUGAUGUCCACCAGGUCUUUGAUAAUCUUGCAAAGAAGCGCCGGCGUGUAGAGUGAAUAUUUUGUUGAGUCUUAACCUUAGUGGCAUGCAUGUGUAAACUGAAAAUUUCCUAGUUGACUAUGGUGCUGUUCUAAAUUAGAAUGCUGGCAUGCAUGACAUGGUUUUAGGUUGUUCUAAAUUAGAAUGCUGGUGCUGGCAUGAACCAGUUUGCUUUGUAGAAUUAUGUGUUUAUGCACUGUAAUCUUAAACGGGGCUUUUCUUAUAAAAUGAUCCUAGUGCAAAUAUUCUGAAGACAAUUGGAUCCUGCAUGAUGUGCUGCAAUUUAUAUGAAUGCAAGGUCUGAUCUUUGGUCA